AUGAAUCUUAUACUGAAGCUUCGCAGGAGUUUCCGGACCCUGGUGGUGCUCCUAGCUGCCUUCUGCGUGGCGAGCAUUGUCAUUUCCGCCUACUUCCUCUACUCGGGCGACAAGCAGGAGAUGGCGCUCGUGGAAACCACCGCAAAAGCAGAAUGUGCUGAUGUCCGAGCGCUCCCCUACCGCUCCCUGGAGCUGAAAACAGCCAGGCCCAUCGACACCUCGCACACCGAGCCCACGGUCCUCCUUUUCGUGGAGAGUCAGUACUCCCAGCUCGGCCAGGACAUCGUCGCGAUCCUGGAGUCCAGCCGAUUCCCCUACCACAUGGUCAUUGCACCAGGCAAGGGCGACCUCCCGCCCCUCACAGACAGUGGCAGAGGGAAAUACGUCCUGGUCAUCUAUGAAAACAUCCUCAAGUACGUUGGCAUGGACUCGUGGAACCGAGAGCUCCUAGAAAAAUACUGUGUGGAAUACAGUGUCAGCAUGAUCGGUUUUCAUAAAGCCACGGAGAACAGCUCGCCCCGGACGCAGCUGAAGGGCUUCCCGCUGAGCCUCCUGAACAACCUGGCGCUGAAGGACUGCCUCGUGAACCCGCAGGCCCCGCUGCUGCGCAUCACCAAGGCGCCCAGGGUGCAGCAGGGCCCGCUGCCCGGCGACGACUGGACCGCCUUCCAGUCCAACCACUCCACCUACCAGCCCGUGCUCCUGACCACGCUGCAGGCGGGGCCGGGCUUGGGGACGGGCGCCCCCCCCCUGCCCAGCAAACCGCUCUACGCCACGGUGGUCCAGGACCUGGGCCUGCACGACGGCAUCCAGCGAGUUCUGUUUGGCAACAACUUGAACUUCUGGCUACACAAACUCAUCUUCGUAGACGCCGUUUCCUUCUUGUCGGGGAAGCGGCUGACCUUGUCCUUGGACAGGUACAUCCUCGUGGACAUUGACGACAUCUUCGUGGGGAAGGAGGGAACACGGAUGAAUGUCAAAGAUGUGAAGGCCUUACUAGAGACUCAAAAUUUACUGCGCACUCAGGUUGCAAAUUUUACCUUCAACCUUGGAUUUUCAGGGAAGUUUUACCACACAGGGACCGAGGAGGAAGACAAAGGCGACGACCGCCUGCUGGGGUCCGUGGCCGAGUUCUGGUGGUUCCCGCACAUGUGGAGCCACAUGCAGCCCCACCUCUUCCACAACGAGUCCUCGCUGGUGGAGCAGAUGAUUCUCAACAAGGAGUUCGCGCUGGAGCACGGGAUACCCAUCGACAUGGGCUACGCGGUGGCCCCGCACCACUCGGGCGUCUACCCGGUGCACAUGCAGCUUUACACAGCCUGGAAGAAGGUCUGGGGCAUCCAGGUGACCAGCACCGAGGAGUACCCGCACCUGAAGCCCGCCCGGCACCGCAAGGGCUUCAUCCACGACGGCAUCAUGGUCCUCCCUCGGCAGACCUGCGGGCUCUUCACCCACACUAUUUUCUACAAAGAGUACCCCGGAGGACCCCAAGAGCUGGAUAAGAGCAUCUGCGGAGGCGAGCUAUUCCUCACCGUCCUCCUGAACCCAAUCAGCAUUUUCAUGACCCACUUAUCAAACUAUGGGAAUGACCGCCUAGGGUCAUACACCUUCGUGAACCUGGCCAACUUCGUGCAGAGCUGGACCAACCUGAGGCUACAGACUCUGCCCCCUGUGCAGCUGGCCCGCAAGUAUUUUGAGCUCUUCCCGGAGCAGAGAGACCCUCUCUGGCAGAACCCCUGUGACGACAGGCGGCACAAGGACAUCUGGUCCAGGGAGAAGACGUGCGACCACUUACCAAAAUUCCUCGUCAUCGGGCCACAGAAAACAGGAACAACGGCCCUGUACCUGUUUCUCCUGAUGCACCCGUCCAUCGUCGGCAGCCUGCCCAGCCCCCGGACCUUUGAGGAGGUGCAGUUUUUUAAUGGAAACAACUACCACAAGGGGAUAGACUGGUAUAUGGACUUUUUCCCAACGCCAUCCAACAUCACCAGCGACUUUCUGUUUGAAAAGAGCGCUAACUACUUCCACUCAGAAGAGGCACCCAGGCGAGCUGCCUCCCUGGUCCCCAAGGCCAAGAUCAUCACCAUCCUCAUCGACCCCUCUGACAGGGCAUACUCCUGGUACCAGCAUCAGCGGUCACAUGAAGACCCAGCCGCCCUGAGGUUCAAUUUCUAUGAAGUGAUUACAAUGGGGCAGUGGGCCCCACCCGACCUGAAGACUCUGCAGAGACGAUGCCUAGUGCCGGGGUGGUACGCGGUCCACAUAGAACGGUGGCUGGCUCACUUUGCGACCUCUCAGUUGCUCAUUGUUGAUGGACAGCAGCUGAGAUCUGACCCAGCUACUGUGAUGGAUGAAGUCCAGAAGUUUCUGGGAGUGACUCCUCAUUAUAAUUACUCCGAAGCACUUACGUUUGAUCCCCAAAAGGGCUUUUGGUGUCAGCUGCUGGAAGGAGGAAAGACCAAAUGCCUUGGAAAGAGCAAAGGACGGAAGUACCCCCCCAUGGACCCCGAGUCUAGAACCUUCCUGUCCAGCUACUACCGAGACCACAACGUGGAGCUCUCCAAGCUGCUGCACAAACUCGGGCAGCCCCUGCCGGCCUGGCUGCGGCAAGAGCUGCAGAAGGUGAGGUAG